UUCUCACCUGGUGAGUAUCUCCUCGCAGAUCCUGUUUAUGGAACUCCAGCAUUCUGCGUGCCUGAAUAUAAUGCCCCCGCGAUAAACCUCUUGGAUAACAAUAGACUCUAUUGCUGCCUUGCUAGGUCCUAUGCCCACAACGAACAUCCAAGGGAGAUAAGACAGCAGAUUCGGUCAGUCAAGGACAUACUAUUUAAUUGAUUGGGUGAUAGCAUACUGUGUGCUGCACAACACCUUGGCGCC